UCAGUUCGUUGGUUCAUGCUGACGUGUCGAAGACGCAUCAGAACCAGGAAGAGCCUCUCCAAUGGAAACCAUAACUCCCAGCAGAACCAGCGCUUCUGCCGGAAAGAACCCACACCCCCUCAGGUUCAGAGAGAGAGGUCUGCAGAUGAGCUGGUUUCCGGCGAACCGCUCCGGUUUUUCUGCGCUUUGCUUCGGUCAGAAGAUCUGGACCAUCAGGUGUUGAGCAUCGCUAAUGGUGGUCUGUUCAUCAGAAACACGGAUCAGGAGUACACGGCCUUCCGCCUGGCCAUCUUCCUGCACAACACGAGCCCCAACGCGUCGGAAGCCCCGUUCAACCUGGUGCCUCAUGUGGACAACAUCGAAACGGCCAACAGCUUCGCCGUCACCAACGCCUUUUGCUCGCAGUAUUCCCGCGGUGUCUUCGCCAUCUUCGGCCUGUACGACAAGCGGUCGGUGCACACACUGACGUCGUUCUGCAGCGCGCUGCACAUCUCCCUCAUCACGCCCAGCUUCCCCACCGAGGGCGAGAGCCAGUUCGCCCUGCAGCUGCGGCCGUCCAUCCGCCGYGCGCUGCUCUCCCUGCUCGACCACUACGACUGGAAGAAGUUUGUCUUCCUGUACGACACGGACCGAGGGUACGCCAUCCUGCAGGCCAUCAUGGAGAAAGCCGGACUGGACGACUGGCAGGUCAGCGCCAUCUGUGUGGAAAACUUCAACGACGCCAACUACCGCCGCCUGCUGGAGGACCUGGAGCGCCGCGAGGAGAAGAAGUUCGUCAUCGACCUGGAGGCUGAGAGGCUGCAGAACAUGCUGGAGCAGAUUGUGAGUGUUGGGAAACAUGUGAAGGGUUACCACUACAUCAUGGCCAACCUGGGAUUUAAGGAUAUCAACCUGGAGCGCUUCAUGCACGGGGGUGCCAACGUCACCGGCUUCCAGCUGGUCAACUUCAGCAACCCCAUGGUCAUCAAGCUGAUGCAGCGCUGGAACAAGCUGGACCAGAGGGAGUACCCGGGCUCCGACGCUCCGCCCAAGGUACCAGAACCAGAAACUAGGACCAGAACUACAACUAGAAUUAAAACCAGGACCAGGACUAGAACCAGWACCAGUGACAGAGACCCUAAAACAGUGCAGGUCUCGUUGGUUGGUUCCCCUCUGCAUGACGUCACUCUGUGUGUCUGUGCGCAGGUCCAGCUGCAGGGACUAACAGGUAAUGUUGAGUUUAACGAGUUUGGUCAGAGGAUCAACUACUCCAUGGACGUGUUUGAGCUGAAGAACAACGGACCCAGAAGGAUCGGCUACUGGAACGGUGACGACAAACUGGUUCUGGAGGAGGAAACCCAGCAGCUUUCCAAUGACACCACAGGCAUGGACAACCGAACCGUUAUCGUGACGACCAUCAUGGAGGGUCCCUACGUCAUGCUGAAGAAGAACUGGGAGUCGUUCGAGGGCAACGACCAGUACGAGGGUUACUGUGUGGACCUGGCCUCCGAGAUCGCCAAACACAUCGGCAUCAAGUACAAGAUCGCCAUCGUCCCGGACGGGAAGUACGGCGCCAGGGACCCAGAGACCAAGAUCUGGAACGGCAUGGUCGGGGAGCUGGUGUACGGGUGGUUCUUGGUGCAGUGCCCCUACAGGCGCAUUGGGACGCAGCGGCGCGUCACUGUGGAUCACAGUCAGAGCUACCAGCCAGCCAACACGCAGCAGUGCAUCAUGGGAAACACUCUGCUCCUCUGGCAGCGUUUCUGCUUUGACGUUCUCCUCACUCGCUGCUCUGAUCCGUCUGCCCCCCCAGAGGAGGAAGAGGAGCUGCAGCACUCUUCCUCCGUGUCUUGCCCUCUGGUUUUCCUAUGCGGUGCUCCCUGCAGGUCGCUCUCCGGCCGGAUCGUGGGUGGAGUCUGGUGGUUCUUCACCCUCAUUAUCAUCUCGUCCUACACGGCCAACCUGGCGGCCUUCCUCACUGUGGAGCGGAUGGUUUCGCCCAUCGAGAGCGCAGAGGAUCUGGCCAAGCAGACCGACAUUGCCUACGGCACGCUGGACUCAGGCUCCACCAAGGAGUUCUUCAGGCGCUCCAAGAUCGCCGUCUACGAGAAGAUGUGGGGCUACAUGAAGUCGGCCGAGCCCACGGUGUUCACCAAGACCACGGCGGAGGGCGUAGCGCGGGUCCGCAAGUCGAAGGGGAAGUACGCCUUCCUGCUGGAGUCCACCAUGAACGAGUACACGGAGCAGAGGAAGCCCUGCGACACCAUGAAAGUGGGCGGGAACCUGGACUCCAAGGGUUACGGCGUCGCCACGCCCAAGGGUUCACAGUUAAGAAGUGCCGUUAACCUGGCCGUGUUAAAGCUCAAUGAGCAGGGCCUGUUGGACAAAUUGAAAAACAAGUGGUGGUACGACAAAGGAGAGUGUGGCAGCGGAGGCGGUGGCGAGAAGGACAAGUCGUCCCAGGCCCUCAGCCUGAGCAACGUGGCGGGGGUCUUCUACAUCCUCGUCGGGGGCCUGGGUUUGGCAAUGCUGGUGGCCCUCAUCGAAUUCUGCUACAAGUCGCGCAACGAGGCCAAAAGAAUGAAGCUGACCUUCACAGAAGCCAUGAGGAACAAGGCUCGGCUGUCCAUCACCGGCAGCGUCGGGGAGAACGGCCGGGUUCUGACGCCCGACUGCCCCAAGGCCGUCCACACCGGGCCGCCCGUCCGCCAGAGCUCCGGCCUGGCCCUCGUCUCCUCUGAGCUUCCUUGAAAACCAAAAACCUCUCAAGUGCCUUAAUGCAACACCAACCGACUGACAGACCGGAACCACCAGGUGGCAGAUUCACCGGGCCGGCGGGUCGCUGCCGGGCCGCGGGGGACGAACCAGAACUUUUUUUUAUUCCAACCGGAGGACAAAAAAUAAUAUCAGAGAAAAAACUGCACACUUGAAACUAGUUGGUGUUUUCUGAGCGGACCGCUCUCGGACAGAUAUCGACGGGAACAAACGCAGAUAUUUCUAUUCAUAAAAGCGGAAAUUUAAAUCUAUUGAUACUGAAUAUAUGAGCAAAUCUAGAAUACUGUGAAGAUUAGUAAAUAUGUAUAUUCUGAGAAGGAACUCUAGCUGUACAUCCCCAYGGCUGUGCUUGCUUUUUAAACUCGUGUACAUAGCGGACGCUGUAGUGAAGACUUUCUUUUCUAAACCAUCUCUGGAGAUUUUAUUCGUUGCAAUAACAAAGCGGACGACGACCGA